GGUUUUUUAAGUUAAAUAUAUUUGUAUGUAUUGGAGGGAAUGAGUGAACGGUUAAUUUAAAGUCUUUCCAGUGGUAGCUUGAGGGCGAAGAGGAAGCAGGUUAAGCGAAUCUGCCAAGGGGCGAGCGUAGGUUAGAGUAGGAAUUAGAAACAACGAAAACAAGAAAAAGAAUUGGAAAAAAAAAGAGAGGAAAAUAAAAGUCGCCGUUGAUGAUAUGCCGAAAAUGAAGCAUCUGUUAAGAAAACUCCACAUCGGCAGUGGUUUCAAUGAGCAGCAACGAUUGGCGGAGGCGCAACCCGUGAUCAGCCUGAGUCCGAGCCCGAGUCCGAACUCGAAUUCCAACUUCAACUCGAUGAACCUAACGGGAGUGGAAACGGCGACUUCUUCUGAAUCGUCGUCGGUUAGUUCGGGACCAAUGAGGAGAACCGGGGCCUCUGAAUCGGUCGGGGGAGACAGGUCGACUGGAGAUGAGGUGGAUUUUAGUUUAUUAGAGGAAGAGUUUCAGAUGCAGUUGGCUCUGGCGAUCAGUGCCUCGGAUCCCGAGACUGCUCAGAUCGACGCAGCUAAAAGGAUUAGCCUCGCCGGCACCGAUACCAGCAUUUUCGUUGAGGUCCUCUCGCUUCGUUAUUGGAAUUAUAAUGUUGUAAACCAUAAUGAAAAAAUUGUGGAUGGAUUUUACGAUGUGUACGGCAUUGCCUCAACUCUGGGUGCACAAGGGAAAAUGCCUUCUUUGGUUGAUCUUCGAGCAGUAUCAGUGUUAGAUAAUGACGACUCUCAAAUAAUUUUGGUUAACCGGUUGCUUGAUCCUGAACUGCAAGAGCUCGAGAAAAGAGUGUAUAACAUGUAUGUGCAGUCACAAGCUUUUGGCCAUGGUCCGGUUGUAAGUGGCAUGAUUCAGAAAAUUGCAGAAAUGGUUGUUAAUAGAAUGGGUGGUCCUGUUGCUGAUGCUGAAGAGAUGAUGAGCAUGUGGACCUCAAGAAGUUACGAGUUACGAAGAUCUCUGAACACUAUCAUUCUUCCCCUUGGACAGCUUGACGUUGGACUUUCCCGUCACAGGGCCCUGCUUUUUAAGGUUCUAGCCGAUAGAAUUAAUCUCCCCUGCAUGCUGGUCAAAGGGAGCUAUUACACUGGUACAGAUGAUGGAGCCGUGAACUUGGUUAGAAUCAACAAUGGAAGCGAGUAUAUUAUUGAUCUGAUGGGUGCUCCUGGGACCCUAAUUCCUGCUGAAGUACCAAGCUCUCAUCUCCUAAAUUCUGCACUAGGCGUAAGGGGAUUUACUGAUCUUACUGAAGCCUCCCAAGGUUCAUGCUUGCUGCUUGACAAAGGAAUUGAAAGUAUUUCAUCUUCAGCCACUCCAGAAAUAGGCUCUAAAGCUGGUUCCCUAAGGUCAGUGGAAUUCGUUAGCAGUCAGACAGAAGAAGAUGAGAGGAACUUUGCUGGAAGAGUUGUCUCUGAGAGAUCUGAACUGGAAUCAGGAAAGCUUCUUCCCUCCACACCUAAGUCCGGUGAAAGCACUUCUGGAAUUUUUGAAAAACCAUCAGCAGCUCAAAAGAGAAAGGUUAAAAAUGUAUCCAAGUAUGUAAUUAGUGCAGCAAAGGACCCAGAAUUUGCUCAGAAGUUACAUGCCGUUCUGUUGGAAAGUGGAGCAUCACCUCCUCCUGAUUUAUUCAUGGAUAUCGAGUCACAGGACCUUGGUGAACAACGAAUGUCUGAUCAAGUACUGAAAGGGACAAAUGCAGAUGUAACUGCUAGCAGCCACUCAAAUGAGUUGUCAAUUAACGACCAGUGUCUUAUAUCAUCUGGGAUGGAGACUUCAGAAAAUUCUAAUUCCAUAAGAAUCAAUGUUGCAUCUUCCCAUGAAGAGGGACUUCUCCUUGGCUGUACAACCAAUGAUUGGAUACAAGUUUGUGAGUCCUGCUCUGCUGAUGAGUUUUGCCAAAUACAACCUCAAAAAGUAUUGGCCACAGUUGAGAAAGUAAUACGAAGGACUUCUGAUAUGGAUAUCAGUAAAGAAUCUGCAUUAGAAAUGAUAGAAACUGCAGGUGGUGACUUGCAUAUGGUUGGAAAUGAUCACAGUGAGAAGAUUUAUCCUAUGCCGAGGGAGGUUUCUGGAUGGGAAAUUCCAUGGGAGGAUCUUCUAAUUGGUGAACGAAUUGGUAUUGGAUCUUAUGGCGAGGUCUACAAAGCUGAGUGGAAUGGCACUGAGGUUGCUGUGAAGAAGUUUUUAGAUCAAGAUUUCUCUGGUGAUGCACUGGUUCAAUUUAAAUGUGAAGUUGAAAUCAUGUUAAGGUUGAGGCAUCCAAAUGUUGUUCUUUUCAUGGGUGCAGUUACCCGCCCCCCACAUUUCUCCAUACUGACGGAGUGUCUUCCCAGGGGAAGUUUGUAUAAUCUACUGCAUCGACCCAAUCCUCCACUCGAUGAGAGGAGACGAAUGAAGAUGGCUCUUGAUGUGGCUAAAGGAAUGAAUUAUUUGCACACAAGCCAUCCUACUAUAGUGCACCGAGAUUUGAAAACACCAAAUCUCCUUGUGGAUAAGAACUGGGUUGUAAAGGUCUGUGAUUUUGGGUUGUCACGCUCGAAGCAUCAUACUUUCCUGUCUUCAAAGUCUUCUGCUGGAACGCCUGAAUGGAUGGCACCUGAAGUUUUACGGAAUGAACCAGCCAAUGAGAAAUGUGAUGUGUACAGUUUUGGUGUGAUACUAUGGGAGUUGGUUACUUUACAGAUUCCCUGGAAAGGUUUGAACCCUAUGCAAGUUGUUGGAGCUGUUGGAUUCCAGAAUAGGCAUCUAGAAAUUCCCGAACAUGUUGAUCCAAUGGUUGCACAGAUUAUACGCGAAUGUUGGCAAGUGGAGCCACAUUUAAGACCAUCAUUCGGGCAGCUAAUGACCCGUCUGCAACGUCUUAAAUGUACAUAUAUCGGAAGACAAAAAAACAGAAACCAAGCUCUAGGAUGAUGAGUGGGGUGAGCGGUGUUUUGAUGUAAUAAGUUAUUUGAUCAGCUGUUUCGUAGCAGCCGGAAGGUUUCCUUUGUUAUGUGCAAAAGAGGUAGGAGUGGGGAAGGUGUUGGCUCAUUCAAAGUGGGGGAUCGGCACUUCGCCAUCCUAUUAUAUAUAAGUGGGGAUUCUUACAUUUAAGCCGCUGCAUAAAAAGAGCAGUGGAGUGGAAGGACACCAUUUAUAAUUUGAGUCUCCUAUUUAUGAAACAGGUAGCGUAUGUCAAGUGUAAGAAAAUUACCUAUAGAAAAAAAAAAAAAACCACCAGUGUUACAAGUUCGUUGCCUGUGGGGGCUGUAGGGGUAAUGGAAUCCCAAUCCCUGGAAUUGUAAACAUGUCAUCUCUACAGCACGGUGUUGAAUCCAAGGAAA